AUGGAAGAUGCAUGGCAUCGUGUGGGCGCCUCCAGCGAGAUGCUGGCGAAUCUCAAGGAGGCAGACCGUCGCGGCACUGAGAAAGGGGCCCGUGCCUUCGACCAGAAGAUUAGGGUCGGAGCACUGCGCUGCCUCUCCAGUAUGCUGCAGGGCACCACUGGAUCUCAAAGUUAUUGGUUUAAGGCCUCGCUGCUGUUUGAUUUCUGCGCUGACUGCGCCGGCCUUGCAGAGCUGCCAUUGACCUGUGCAGCGAUCGCCAGGAUUGUUGUGAAGUCGGACUUCACCUUGCAUAGCUGCGUACCCUUGCUGAGCGAGAGAUGCCCUGGUCGACGUUUGAUCCAGGACUUCUCAAGCUGGCUUUCGGCCACGGCAAACAUCGAGACAACGGAGAUCAACGACCGCAGCUUGUGUCAACAUGAACAGGUGGUUCUGAAGGCUUUGGAUUGGCAGGUGGACUAUCCUUGCGUCGAACAAUGGUGCUACAUUUACUUUGCGCGAAUCGGGAUGCUUGCAGGAUUUCGAACAUCCGAGCAGUUGCAGAAGAUGCAAGUGCGUGUCUUCAUCUCGGCCCGUGCAAUCCUUAUGAGCAGACCAGCCACAAAAGAACUAAGCCAUGGGGAUGUGGCCCUGAGUCUGUUUGUCUUAAGCUUCGUGGACGCCGGGUAUUUGCCACUGCUGAAACUGAAACCCAAGCACUUGGAGGAGGACGACUGGGCCACCCUGUAUGCUGAAAGUCAGCUGGGCGGAGGAGAGUUACCGCAAUGUCAUGUGUCCGAGGCGAUUGCUUCACAGAUUCUGGAGAUGCUGUGCCUCACUGUCCAAGAGGAUGCUGAGGAGCUAUGCAAUAAGGCGUACCAAGCGGUACAAGAGAUGAUCCAAGCCUUUCGCUGGAUCCAGAGCUAUCAGAGCGAGAGCUGCCGAGGCGUGUGAGUCGCUAAAGCCACUGGGCAAAGGGUUGCUCGGGAGCGGUUGGUUUCGGCUGCGCAGUGUGGAUUAUGAAUGAU